AGGUGAAGGAAGGGGCGGGCGCUGGGCGCGGCGAGCGCCGUGCGGGGCCGGGCUCUGCCCGGAGCGGGGCUGAGCGGCCGCCCGCGGAGCCGAGCCGGAGCCGAGCCGAGGUCACCUGGCAGGAUUAAUUCUGAUGCGUGGUUAUUCACAUUUUCAUAGGACUGCCUUACCUAGCAGGUGAAGGAUUCAGAACGAUGGCCUCAGAAGAACAGGUCUGGCCAGUCCCAAUGAAGGCAAUUGGAGCACAAAACCUUUUGACAAUGCCUGGAGGAGUGACCAAAUCAGGAUAUCUUCAUAAAAAAGGAGGCACCCAGCUGCAGAUCUUGAAAUGGCCACUGAGAUUCGUGAUUAUCCAUGAGGGAUGUAUUUACUAUUUUAAGAGCAGCACAUCUGCAUCUCCACAGGGUGCAUUUUCUUUGAAUGGUUACAACAGGGUUAUGCGGGCAGCUGAGGAGACGACAUCAAGCAAUGUGUUUCCUUUCAAGUUAGUUCACAUUAGCAAGAAGCACAGGACGUGGUUUUUUUCUGCUUCAUCUGAAGAUGAAAGAAAGAAUUGGAUGCUAUCCCUGAGGAGGGAAAUCGAUCACUACCAUGAUAAGAAAGAAACAAUAACAGAAUUCAGUGACUCUGGUUCUGAUGCAGACAGUUUCUACGGCUCAGUAGAACGUCCCAUUGAUAUCAAGUAUUCUCACCACUCAGCAGAUAAUGAAGAUUACGACCAGGAGGAAGAGGAUGAGUCUUACUUACAACCAGAUACUUCAGACAUAGUGAAAGAUGAUAUCAUGGUGCUGCCCCCAGCCUACCCACCUCCACCAGUUCCUCAUGUCAGAAAAGCUGCCUACUCAGAAUCAAGGUCACAUUCUUUUGCUGGCAAAUCUGCUGGACCAGCACCACCACCACCUCCUAAAAGAAGCCUACCUGACAUCAAACCAGAGGAUCUCUUCAAUGUGAGAGAACCCCGAGCUGAAUCUAAUCUAAAGAUUCAAUCCUCAAACUGGAGACCAAGUGAACAGCCACCCCCUGUGCCCCCCUUACCUCUUUUCAAAAAGCCCAUGUGUAGCAAAGAACCUUGCUCACUGCCUCCAGAACCUCUUCCUCUAUCACACGUUCUCAACACUCCAGAAGGAUGUGAGAAGCUAAAAACUCUAAACCUUUCACCACGAACUCCUCCUCCACUGCCAAGCAGUAAACCCAAGUUGUCCCAGUUAACUGAAAGAACAGUAGAGAGCAAGGUGCCAAAAGAGCACGGUAAACCUGGACUGUUUGUGCCACCAGUGCUUCCAAAACCACCUGUGCCAGCCCACCAGCAUCCUGGAUUCAAACCUAGGCCAGAGAAGCCUUCAGGCCCCCAGUUACAGAGAUCACCACCAGAUGGGCAGAGUUUUAGAAGCUUCUCAUUCGAAAAACCAGCAGUGCCCUCCAAGCCAAACCAAGCGAGUGAUGAUUCUGAUGGCGACUACGAAAAAGUUGGGCUGCCUACUUCAGUAUUUCUUAAUACCUCAGAAUCCUUCGAAGUUGAAAGGACAUUCAAAGCUACUAGCCCAAGGGGACAGCCACAAAAUGGAUUAUACUGCAUUAGGAACUCAUCUACAAAGGCUGGAAAGGUAUUGGUUGUAUGGGAUCAAUCUGCAGAAAAAGUGAGAAACUACAGAAUAUUUGAAAAGGAAUGCAAGUUUUACCUGGAUGCAGACAUCAUGUUUCUGAACAUGGGAAGUCUGGUUGAAUACUACAGCACUCACGUCUUACCUAGUCAUGACAGCCUGAUUCUUCGGUGUCCUUAUGGUUACUCUAAACCAAGGUGAUGUGGCUGGCAUAAUUCACAGAUGCGGAGGGAAAACAGGUUCCUUACUGCCCUUGAAUUAAUUGUGAACUCCUACCACACCUGAACUUCCGGUUGUUUGCACACAGAAACUGAGUCCGUUUCAACCACUUUUUCUCACAUGAACUAGGACUCCAUUUAAUGAACUCUUUAAAACUUUGCAAUCCAGAUCAGUGGAUUUGAUCACCACUUGCAGAAAGAAUUGAACUGACUUUUCUGUGAAGUCCAUCCGGGACUCGUAAACCUUUUAUAAAACUGCUGCUAUUAAGAAUCUCCUUGAAAUGUGGAGGACAACAAUGUCCACAUGAACAAAGAAGUGUUGUGAACGCAACCCAUGUGGAAACGGUAAACUUCUGAAAGUACAUCAGAAUUAAUUUGUGACGGGGAAUACUAAUAUUCUGACUUGAAGGUAUUAUUCCUUAAGUCAGCACCGGUGCUUAACUGAGAGUUUUUUGUAUUACUUGUAUAGUUGUGUAAAUAAUGAGACUUUUGUGCAAAUAAUUUGGUUUACUACAGGUAAAGAUGAUCAGGAAAUGCAGCUUGUUUUAAGCCACCUCAUACCUAAAUGUAACUUCUGAUUACAAUGUCUGCAGUGAUCAAUUGGGGUACUGUCCAACUGAUAAGUUUGUGGCAUCCCACAUAUUACUUAAUUCUGAACACUUGAGAUAGGCUUGGAAUAAUACUGAUUUGGCUUUAUAGGAGUCCCAUUCCUUAUUUCUGAACCAGAAAGGUAGCUGUCUAAUAUUUUAAUGGCUGUGAGAAAGAUAAAAUAUCACUAUGCAGUUCGUAGUUGUGUGGAAAAAUAAAAAGUUUUUAACUUACUAUCAGCACUGUCAAUGAUAAGUGUUAGCAGGGUGCUUGUAAUUUUAAUUCCCACAUACUCUGGAGACAGGUGUCUUAAAAACAAGGCUUGAUAGUCAUGCUGAAAUUGCCCUACCCCUGAAUUUUAAUAAAGAGGAGAAAGCUGUUUUAAUGACCUGUGAAAAUAACUUUGUUAAUUCAAAAGGACUGUCAAAAUGAUCUUAUUUCUAUUAAUGUUCGAGACUCGUUUUAAAAAAAUGCUGUAAAUCAUAAAACAGGAGAAGUUAUCUGGUUUCUGUCAGUCGGAAUGCAGAUGCAUAAAAUUCACUUUUCUGUUGCCUUUACAAAGUUUAUACGUGCCAGUUUUAAUCUCAUUACAAUUAAAUGGUGACAGCUUUAAAAACGUAAAAUUUUUACAGAAUAAUAAUUUUUGUUUAUGAAAACAAUAAAAUAGAAUUUAAUCCCUAAGGGAUUUCUCUUUUGUAAUAAGAUGUAAUAAUAGGAUACACAGAGCCAGCCGUUGUUGCCUCGGUUCCUAUCUUUUGUCUGAGACAGACAUACACAAUAUCAGUCGUAUGAUUUCUGGUCCCACUAUAAUAGGUUUUGUGAGCAUCAAUUAAAGAAUGUGCAGUACUUAAAUUUCAGAUCGUUGGAUACUGGAUAUUUUAAGUUUGCAGUUCCUUUUAUAUUCAGUGAGUGUCCCUGUGGUUCACUACUCUGAUGUGAUCCACUCUGUAAAGCAAGCUCAUCUAACAAAGCACAUAAAAAAUGUUGGCUUUUUAAAAUGUGUGUAUCUGUAUUUUAGGCAAAGUCUAGUUUCUUACAGUAUUUAUAAGUACUGUUUACAGAGUAAAUUGUUCUCUUUCUGGGAAUAACUGACUUCACUGCAUUGUGACAGUCGUAAUUAUAAUAUGCUAUUUUUGGGGCCUGAUUCAGGUAUUUAAUUUUUUUGCAAUCAGAUAACUCUCAAAAUUUUUCAACAGUAAAAAUACCUAUGUAAUCCAGUACAUAUAAAACAACACUGUCUUUACCUGUAUAAUAGAAGACUUGCAAAUAUGUAAAUGUUAAUUUCCUUUUUUAUACAAAUGUAUGUAUUUCUGAAGAAGAUAAACUUCUAAUGCCAAUUCACCUAA